AUGAAGGUGCGUGAACACAAGCAUCCACUAAAGCUCAUCGAUUUGCAGCUGCAGUAUCCACCAUACGAAGAAGAAGAAGAAGAAGAAGAAGAAGAAGAAGAAGGCGAUGAUGGUGGUGAUCCGGUUACAAAAGAGGGCUUUGAUGGUGUCACAUGUGAGAGGUGUGGUGAAGAAAUCAGUAUGUACCACAGAUACUACUACAAAUGUACCAUUUGUGAUGAUUUCUCACUUCACAAAUUUUGUGUAUUUGUGAGCGUCUGCACAAGCGUGGAAAAAAGAUGA